GCUGUCAUUCCGCCCCAGCAGAGAUUGCUUUCGGUGCUGCAUGGCAUAACAAGAGAGUUUGUUUGGAUGUGCUGUGAGCUUUAGGAUUAUUCGAUCCUCAUUAAAUUAUUCAAAUCGAUUUGUAGGCAAAUAUAUCCUAUCAAAAAUGACCCACUUCGUGGAAUUAGUUUAUCUAGUCGUAGCUAUUAGUUUAAUUCACAAUUUCGGCUAUGUCAGCGCCUCAAAAAAGAACCAGUAUGUUACUUGUGGGACAGUUCUCAAACUGCUAAACACGGACUACCGAGUGCGAUUGCAUUCGCAUGAUGUGAAGUAUGGAACUGGUUCAGGGCAACAGUCGGUUACCGCUACAGAAGUCCAGGAGGAUGUCAACAGUCACUGGGCGAUAAAGGCUGCCACAGGAAAAAACUGUGAAAGGGGAGAACCUGUCAAAUGCGGCGAUAUUAUUCGUUUCCAUCAUUUGGCAACGAAUAAGAAUCUGCACUCACAUCACUUCCAGAGCCCUCUAUCCGGAAACCAGGAAGUUUCAGCAUAUGGAGACGAGCAAGGCAUUGGCGACACCGGAGAUCACUGGAUGGUUGUCUGUUCUGGAGAAUCCUGGCAGCGUAGCAAUCCGGUGAAAUUGCGACAUGUCGAUACUGACGCAUACCUGUCUGUUUCCGGAAGAACUUUCGGUCGACCGAUAAACGGUCAAAUGGAAGUGGUCGGUUUGGCUAGUCCUCAUGGUGGAACCGAUUGGACGGCUGCCGAGGGAUUGUUUAUCCAUCCAACGGAAAAGGAAAGUACUCCAAAACACACGGAAUUGUAAGAUGCUAGUAUAGUACGAAUGGAUGACGCGAAUGGUUUUUGGUUGUGUAUGAUUUAUUUUGAUAGUGGCAGUGCUGCAAAUUUGAUACCAAACCCGAGGAACAUUUAAGUAGCAACAAAACAAUUGUUGACCGGGUGUUGAGUGCGCCGGUUUUAUAAGGUAGAAAUUGAGCGAAUAAAAUGAUA